GGAGCGGUAGCUAAGGCAAUUGAAUCGGGUUUGGUGUCACAGAAAAGAAAAAGCGUAUUUUGGAAACUAAUUAAAAUUGCUGCAAAAACAAAUGAACUAUUCUUUUGUAAAUGUUAAACGAGUGUGUGGGACGAAUGCGGCGAGGCAUUGAGCACACAGUUAAGUAUUAUUAUUCCAUUGAUCAUUCAUAAUAAAACAAGAUCCGUCUCGAAAUCCAGUUCGGGUUUAAGUUUCCUGAAGAAGAGCUUCGUCAGUGUUGCUGGACUGCACGCCUGACAUACAGUGUUUAUCGACCCCCCCACCAGCCCCCAAAGGAGAGACUGUGGGGAUGCCAGUGCUGUGUGCUGUGACUCUGAUGUGAAGAGACAGCCAUGACUAGCAGCAGCAGCAUCACUCAGCUGGUCAGCGAGCUGUGUGAGUCUCACCUGGCUGGUUUGUCCUGGAAGGGGGUGCAGGGAGGUGCUGGCCGAGUCUCCAGGGAGGUGCUCAGGAGAAAGUUGAAGCGGAGAGCCUAUGAAGCCCUCCUGCCCCGGCUCUUCCAUGACCCUCCGGUGGCCAAACCCAACGCCCCCCUCGCCUCCCGUGGGGGUGCUCCUCCCCUGAUUCCUGCCAGGAACAAGGUGCUGAUGCUGUCCUUCAACCUGCGCGUGUCGGGCCAUGGAGGGAAGGCGGAGCGACUGGAGGAACUGCUGGGGGAGCUGCGGGGGGGCUCGGAGACGGACGCUGUGCUCGACCUGCUGGUGCACCUGGCCGGCUCCGUGCCCCCCCAGCCCCCCAGCCACAGCAGAGACUUCUUCUGCCGCAGCCGCAAGGUGGGCCGGCGCCUGGAGCUGGGGGGCUACGAGGGGUCCGAGCUGAGACUGUUGGAGGCCCAGGCCUGGUCCCUGGUGUGCGGGGAGGAGUGCAGGGCUGCCGAGAGCCUGCACAGGACCCUGGCUGCCAUGGAGGCCUCCCCUGGGACUGGGCUGAUCGCUCUGGGGCCGCUUGGCAUGGGCGAGACUGAGGGCGAGGAGCGGUACGAGCGAGAGACACGCCUCUCGCUGUUCGGGGCCCUGGUGCACACCCGCACUGCAGACAUGGACAUCCGGCUGGACCUGCCCCCCGUACCUAGCAACGCGGAGCUCACCGGGCUAGCCAUCCGGGUUCCUCCCAGUCUAGACCAGUCUGAAGACGAGGGGUUCCAGUCAGCAUCGAACCUGAGCCCCGACUCCCAGUCAGAGCCCAGUCUGACCCCCGAUAUUGACGUGUGGAAUGCUGUGCUCAGCUACGAGCCCAGCCAGAGCCGGUGCUGGGAGAGAGUGGGUUGUCCCCCCGGGAAGAAGGAGGAACCUUACCUGACGGAGGCAGGGCGGGAGGCUUUCGACCGGCUGUACCAGGUUCGAGAGGGAGAGAUCCGGCUCCUGAGCACCACCCUCCCCCAGACACCCCCCCUGCAGCCUCAGAGCGAGGCUGAGCUCGUCAAGAAAACCCUGCACAUGCUCAUCGGAGUGGCCUCGGCCACCUUCUCACUGGACCAGUCUGCUUUGGGGUUCCAUGUGAUGCCAGGGGUGUAUGUGUCCGGUACCUCCCCAGAUAGUGUUGCCAGCCUGCUGGAGGAGCUGGCAGAGUACGGGACCCACUACUGGAGACUGAGCCGCUUCUCCCUGCAGCCUGUCCUGGACUCCAGCUACAAAAAGGGACUGGUCUUCCAGGCGUUUACCGGUGGAGUGCGGCGAUACCUGCAUUACUACCGCGCCUGUGUCCUCUCCACGCCCCCCACGCUCAGCCUCCUGACCAUCGUGUUUCUCUUCAGGAAGCUGGGACGCCAGCUCCGGUACCUCUCAGAGCUGUGCUGGUGUGGGGGUGGAACUGGAGCCCAGAGCCUGAACAGAGGGACUGCAGCCUCCUUCCCCACGGGAGUGAAGCUGUUGUCUUACUUGUACAAUGAGGCCCAGAAUAACUGCAGCAAUGAGAACUACCCGGUCCUGCUGUCCCUGCUCAAGAGCAGCUGUGAGCCCUACACAAGGUUUAUAUACGACUGGGUGUACAGCGGCGUGUUCAGGGAUGUCUACGGAGAGUUCAUGAUCCAGGUGAACGAGGACUACCUGAGUUUCAGAGAUAAACACUUCUGGACGCAGGGCUACCUGCUGAUCUCGAAGGACGUGGAGGACUGUGUUCCUGUGUUCCUGCGACACAUUGCGAACGAGAUCUACGUCAGUGGAAAGACCAUCAACCUCCUUCGAGUCUGCUGCCCCAGGCACUAUAUCUGCUGGUCGGAGCUGCCGGUGCCGCGCAUCGCUGUCACCUUCUCUCUGCAGGAGCUGGAGGAGAUCCAGAGGGACUGCGGCGUGUACAGGGGCCGAAUGGAGAGGAUCGCCCGCUACAGUGCCAUCAACAGGGAGGAGAAGGCUCUGCGCACAGAGCUAGCCAGGCAGGAGCUCAUCGUUCAGGUUCGGGAGACGACUGCCAAGGCGCUGGAGACCAUUCGAGGGCGCCAGGUGUCUCAGCGGCUUGCCCAGGAAACCAAGAAACGGGAGCGAUUCCAGGAGCUGAAGCAGCAGCUGGUGGUGGAGCAGGAGCGACGCUCUGCAGCUCAGCAGCAGGAGGCGGACAGCGAUUUCGGGUUCGCCCGUGAGAUCCGGGACCGAGAGAGGAGGCUACAGGCAUUGGAAGAGCAGCUGGAGAGCCAGGCCAGGAGAGAGCUGAUUGAACACUACAGCCGGCUGUCGGAGGAGGCCGCUGCGCGGGAGCGGCGAGCACUGUGGAAGGUUCAGAGACUCCGGCUGGGGACUGAGCGCAACAGCUUCCUGCAGCUGCAACAGAGACACAUCCAGGCCAUGCUGGAGAAGUUCCCUCUGGGAGAGCACAGAGAGCAGCUGGAUAUCAUUCCCAAGGGAGAUUCACCUAGGAGACUCCCGGCAGGUGGAAAGGGAGACUCUGGGGAGCAGGGAGCCCAGGAGAUCCUGAAGCACCAAUCCUCUGAUCCCAGUAUUCUCAGAGAGCAUCCUCCUGCGCUGGAGGCUGAGCCCCAGGAAUCGGAGAAUCGAACCCCAGACAGUGUACAGGAGGCUCCAGGGGACCCCCAUCCUUACCCCACUGGGCCCCUCGAACUGGGGGAACAGGCGCCCCAAGCCAGACUCGAGUCCCCGUGUCCACUGGACAUUCACGACUUUCUGCCCAAACAAACUCCUGAUCUCCCUGCCGGCACCUGUCCGCUGGUGUCCGCAGUGGACGCAGCUCUGCUGGACAUCGGCUCUGAGCUGCCUGAAGGGGCUUCCGGUCUGCAGCAGGAGUACGACUUCAGUGCCCCCUACAGCCCCCUUCAGGGAGUCAGACUCAGGCUGCGCUGGAACACUCACCAACACACAUCUCAAGCCAACAUCCAGCUGGGGCAGUACGCGUCUGACAUGGAGCCGUCUAAACCGAGGGCAAGCAUUCACGGGCAUGUAUCAGAGGCCAACAUCAAGGUCGGGCAAAAUAUAUCCGAGGUGCAGGUGGCUAAACCAGUGGUAAAUGUUCAUGGACAUUCGUCUGAGUCCAACAUCCAGCUGGGGCAGUACGCGUCUAACAUGGAGACGUCUAAACCGAGGGCAAGCGUUCACGGGCAUGUAUCAGAUGCCACCAUCCAGCUAGGGGAUGAGUCGAAACCCACAGUCCUCAAUGAAAGACAAACUCUUCAAGCAAUCACAGAGUUUAGUGAGGGUGACCCUGAUCCAGGGAUCUCAGAGCCAGUCCUAGAGCUGCAUGAUCAAGCACCUGCUGUCCAGCUAGGGGAGCAUAUGCCUGUUACAGAGCUGCCUGGACUGAUGGCCAGUGUUCCUGGACAGGCAUCUGAAGAAAAUCUAAAGAUAAUGCAGAAGGCUUCUGAGAGGGAACUCAGCCUGCCACAUGUGCACAUCCAAGGCCAUGCAUCAGAGGCACAUAUUAAGCUUGGAGGGUACAUGUCAGACACAGAGCUGUCCAAACCCAGGGUUAACAUUCAUGGACAUGCGUCUGAAGGCAGCAUCAAGGUAGGAGAGUAUGUUUCGGACGCUGAUCAAGUUCAACCUCAUUUGAGUAUCCACAGGCACGCGUCAGACUCCAGCAUCAAAGUGGGAGGUUACGUGUCGGACAGCGAGCAGGCAAGCCCUCACUGGAGUGUGCACGGGCACGCAUCAGAUUCCAGCAUCAAAGUGGGAGGUUACGUGUCGGACAGCGAGCAGGCAAGCCCUCACUGGAGUGUGCACGGGCACGCAUCAGAUUCCAGCAUCAAAGUGGGAGGUUACGUGUCGGACAGCGAGCAGGCAAGCCCUCACUGGAGUGUGCACGGGCACGCAUCAGAUUCCAGCAUCAAAGUGGGAGGUUACGUGUCGGACAGCGAGCAGGCAAGCCCUCACUGGAGUGUGCACGGGCACGCAUCAGAUUCCAGCAUCAAAGUGGGAGGUUACGUGUCGGACAGUGAGCAGGCAAGCCCUCACUGGAGUGUGCACGGGCACGCAUCAGAUUCCAGCAUCAAAGUGGGAGGUUACGUGUCGGACAGCGAGCAGGCAAGCCCUCACUGGAGUGUGCACGGGCACGCAUCAGAUUCCAGCAUCAAAGUGGGAGGUUACGUGUCGGACAGCGAGCAGGCAAGCCCUCACUGGAGUGUGCACGGGCACGCAUCAGAUUCCAGCAUCAAAGUAGGGGAGUACACAGCUGACGAGGAGCCCUCCAGACCCAGGUGGAGCUCACAUGGGCACGCAUCCCAGUCCCACUUCAGACUGGGAAAGCUGCUGUCAAAUGUGGAGCCUUUUAAACCUUGCAGCAGUGAUGCCCUGUCCAGUAUUCCAGAAGAGAACACAGAGCUUGGAACAAGACCAGGUGCUGAGAAUGAGACCUCAGAAUGGGCGCGGAGAGGAGAGCAGGGUGCCCUGACACAGAGUGAAGAGGCUGCUGUGCUCCAGAGAGGCCUGACAGCAGAGCAGCUGGAGGCCAGUGUGGAGAGCCUGCUUUGCCAGGGCCCUCCCUGGGGAGUGGGGGAAGGUUUGGGGCCCGAGUGGCCAAGGGAGCGGGCAUACCUGCACUCCCUGGCAGCACAGUACCAGGUGGAGCAGUACCAGGACAGCUACAACCUAAUGACUGCAGCGCCCGACUCCCACCUCCUACACCAGGUGACGGCCGGCCCCUACGCGUUCCCCGUGGACCCGUCUCUGCGCAGAGCCACAGACACCACGGCCGUGCAGCUGAGUGAGAUGGUGUCCCUGCCCGUGCUGAUGAAGCACUCUGUCACUGCGCCACUCCUCACACACGUGUCCCUGGUGAACAAGGCCAUCGUGGAUUAUUACUUCAUGGAGCUCAACAUGGAGAGGCACUGUGAGGCGCUGCGCCACUUCCUGCUGAUGGAGGAUGGAGAGUUCGCCCAGUCUCUCAGCGACCUGCUCUUUGAGAAGCUGGGCUCGGGACAGACCCCCGGAGAGCUGCUGAACCCGCUGGUGCUGAACUCCAUCCUGAACAAGUCCCUGCAGUACAGCCUGCACGGGGACUCGCAGCUCGCAGCCAAUCUGACCUUCGCACUGCGCUUCCUGCCAGAGAGCUUCCACCCACAUGCCCCUGACGCACUCGCCUGCCUGGAGCUGAGAUACAAGGUGGACUGGCCCCUGAAUAUCGUGAUCACUGACAGCUGCAUGAACAAGUACAACCGCAUCUUCUCCUUCCUGCUGCAGCUCAAGCACAUGGUCUGGACCCUCCGCGACGUCUGGUUCCACCUCAAGAGGGCAGCCAUGGUGAAGGGAGCGGGCAGCUCUGUGCAGUUCAGACAGCUACAGCUCUAUCGCCAUGAGAUGCAGCACUUUGUGAAGGUGAUCCAGGGCUACAUCGCCAACCAGAUCCUGCAUGUCACCUGGAGCGAGUUCAGAACCAAGCUGGGCAGCGCAGCCAACCUGGACGACAUCCACCACACUCACGCGGACUACCUCAACAGGGCCAUCUUCAGAGGUCUCCUGACGGAGAAGGCAGCCCCAGUGAUGAACAUCAUCCACAGCAUUUUCAGUCUGAUCCUCAAGUUCCGCGCUCAGCUCAUCUCCCAGCCCUGGAGUAGCCAGCAGGGGGCAGUGGAGCACCCCAGCUUCGGAGUUAUGCAGCAGUCCUACCGCACCUUCAAAUACUACUCACACUUCCUCUUCAAAGUGGUGACCAAGCUGGUGAACAGAGGCUACCAGCCACACUUGGAGGACUUCCUUCUACGAAUCAACUUCAACAGCUACUACCAGGACUCCUAAGGGGAGGGGAGGGGUGAAUCAACUUCAACAGCUACUACCAGGACUCCUGAGGGGAGGGGAGGGGAGGGGAGGGAUGAAUCAACUUCAGCAGCUACUACCAGGACUCCCGAGGGGAGGGGAGAGGUGAAUCAACUUCAACAGCUACUACCAGGACUCCUGAGGGGAGGGGAGAGGUGAAUCAACUUCAACAGCUACUACCAGGACUCCUGAGGGGAGGGGAGAGGUGAAUCAACUUCAACAGCUACUACCAGGACUCCUGAGGGGAGGGGAGAGGUGAAUCAACUUCAACAGCUACUACCAGGACUCCUGAGGGGAGGGGAGAGGUGAAUCAACUUCAACAGCUACUACCAGGACUCCUGAGGGGAGGGGAGAGGUGAAUCAACUUCAACAGCUACUACCAGGACUCCUGAGGGGGGGAGCGUUCAGCAUAGAAUAAGCUGAAUACAUUUCAUGGUUCUGCAACUUUCAGAAAGACUAUUUACUUAUGUUUGGAUUAAUGAUCACUGCUAUACAGGGUUUGGUAAGCACUCUCUAGAUGAAUGUGUAUCAUUUGAACAGCGCAGUGACCUCGCGCAAUCGUGCUGGGAUGAUUGAGUAGGCUUGAACUGCUUGAGCACAGCCUCUCUCUCACUUGCUCUCAUAUUAUAUAUAUAUACCCUGACACGUCCUAUCCCCGAGAUACAGUGUGCUGUGUGCUCUUAUCUUUCCCUGUGUGUGUAUAGGAUGGAUUGUACAAUAAACUUGGCCCUAAGAACUGGAA